AUGUCUGCUUCGUCAGCCACAACGCCCCGUACCUCACUGGACAUGAUCAAAACACCUAUGAAAUCUUCCGCGGAAUCCGUUGUAUCAUCAAACACAACACUUGGGGACACAAGCAGAGCAAGCAGCCUCUGGAGAUCCGUCAAGCGUCACGCCAAGGAGCAUCACGACAGCGUCAAUGCAGCAUAUAUAACAUACUACGGAGGUGCAGUAGCGGUGUCCACCGCUAAACAACAAGAAGUAUGGCAAUAUCAACGGAGAUCACGAUGA